AUCUACGUUCACACAAUUACAGCGGCAGCGGAAAAUCAAAAUUUGAUUUGAAGACUUUGUCUGAAGUGAAAUAAAAUGGAUAUUUUUGUCAAGUUUGUUUCGCAGAAAGUUGGAAAAGUCAGAUGGCAGCCUUCUUCAUUCAAAGGAAUUCAAUUCUCCGAUACAUUUUUAACCGGAAGUUGGGAUGAUGAGGAGAAUAAGAUCUCACUUUGGAAGGUUCCAGGUGUCCAGAACAAAGCAGGGGCUGCAGGAGCCUGGCAACAAGACUAUCCACAGCAGAGGACCACAGCCUUAGAAGGACAAGCAGGAGAAGAAGAACAGGAGCCUGUAUUGCUCUGUCAGAUGAAACAUGAUGGGGAUGUCACAGAUAUACAGUUUGUCAACCAAGAUGUUUUCUUAGCUUCUUCAUCAUGCGGAAGUGUUCAAGCGUUCAGGUGCAACAAAGCUAAAGGGGACUUUGCGCCCUCUCAGAAAUGGUCCGGCAUUCAUCACCACCCUGCCGACACCUGUUCCUGUACCUGCAUAGCCGUCAAUGGAACGGACAUCUCCACCUGCGGAGAGGACGGAAGGAUUAACGUCCUGCGGCUGGAGCACAGACAACCGAUAAGAACCAUUGAUGAAGCUGAUAGCUGCAGCAUCAACGCAUUGACACACCUGAAACAGCAUGAGGUAAUAACAGUGAAUUCGGCUGGGCAGCUCAAGAUAUGGGACUUACGGCAGCCGGGCUCACAGCCAACAAGGUUCUUUAUAGUAUCUGGAGAGAAGGUGCCCCUUCACUGUGUAGACCGGCACCCAACCCAGCCUCAUCUUGUAGCCACUGGUGGUCAGAAUGGCAUCCUCAACAUCUGGGACAUGAGAAAGGAACAGUUACCAGUCACACUCUUUGAAGUUCACCAGAGUCACGUUUGGGAUGUGAAGUUUCACCCUACAAACCCAAACAACCUGUUUACCUGCUCUGACGAUGGAACGGUCCUCCACUGGGACGCCACCAAAGGUCAUAGUUCAACUGGUUCUGCCUUCCGCAACAUCAACACUCCUACAGGACCAAACCCUUCCAGCAACCUUCUCCUUCGGGGAUCGACAAGGACAGCGCCCCCUGUGGACAGCGAGACGUCCAGUCCGUGGCUGAGCAGCGAGACGACAAGCAACCAGUUGGAGAUUAAUCAUGUCCUACCAGGAAACUGCAAUCCUGUCAACUCCCUGGACGUAGAGGGCCCGCAGUUGAUCUGUGGGACGGACGGUGAAGCCCUGUACUACAUCCCAAACAUGAACAUCUAUUUAUAGCUUUUGAUAAAUCAUUAUGAACUGCCACUUUUUGGACUUGAAGAUGAAUUACAUCAUGGAUGCCAAAAAGGAAAUUGGAUGGAAAGGUGUUCCAACUUUUUAUACCACAGGGACUUUUGCCAAGUCAAAUCUUUGGGAUCAAGGAGAAUGUCGACAUAGAACAAGUAUAUUAAUGUACCACAUAUUUUGCAGGAUGGAUUGAUUGUGACUUAAGGAGUCAUGCUUAAGAGCCAACGUGCGCAUGUUAUUUAAAAAUGUGUAAUCUGAUUGAUAGAUACGCGGAAGUGCGUAUCCUGUGCGCAUAAUCUGACCAAUGGAGUGAGGCGUUGUUUACCGCUCGCAAAAUGCGAUUCUAAGUCUCACUGAGAUUUUGUGUGAAACACCCAACCCCUGCGCUGGAAAAUGCUUUGACUCGGGUGAAUAUUUGACUUAUGAAAGUUUUGCAAGUUAACCUGUAUUUCGCUCCUAAUAAUAUAUAUAUAAUUUUGUAUGAAUAAGUAUGCAGCAGGGUUAUAGAACAUUGUUUGCACAACAAAACUAAAAUUUUAAAUAAGUAAAGUCAAUAAAUUUUCUGAUAUCUUGACAUGAAAUAGUCUUACCAUCAGCAAGUUUAUUGAACUGCUCUUGUUAUAUAUAAAAAAAGAAGAAAUUCUGUGUAACUUGAAAGAUGAAAAGGUGGUUAUUAUGAAAAACGUGAAACAGGUUACUGUAUUUGAUUUCUUACAAUUACUGUAUUUAUCAGUUCAAUUUAUUAUCAAUCAUGCUCAAAUGCUGAUUGACAAUAAAAUUGGGACUCCCUAUUAUGUGCACAAAGUGGAUAGUAAAUGAAAGAUAUUAUACAGAUAUUGCCUACCUAGUGGCUGAAUAUAACAUUUCUCUUCCCGACGUAGUUAUAUUUUUCCCAAGGGUUUAUAUUUUGCCUGAGCAGCGCUGAGGGAAAAUAUGCUCCCUAGGGAAAAAUAUAGCUUCGGAGUGGAGUUGAAGUGUUAUUGAUUAAUACGAUAGACCAGGUAAUAUCUGUUAUAUCAUAUCGUCUAUGUGGAUUCGCCAUCAGAGAUUGCAUUCAUCAUCUGGCCCCAACCCGAAAUUCUUGCUACAGCUCUGAUCCAUCUAUGUCAUGAUAGAAAAUAUUUUGAAAAUACCUCGAGCGCGUUCUUCAUGCAAUCGACGGAUUAACACUAGCACGUACAUCAAACUAACUGAUUACGCAACGAGUGACGUCACCUUAGUGAAUAUAACGCCGCAAUUGACAAUACAACGCAGUUAUAUUUACUGAGGUGACGUCAAAACCAAGAAUAUAACAAACGCGAUCCUCGCAGCUAUGGUCAUGUGAUGGCGUAUUGACCUAUCACUGAAUCGAAUCUACACAACCUAUGUAAUAUAACAAAAUGUUCUAUUUCAGCACUGUUUCACAAGACCCCUUAGCUGUCCUGUAUUUACAUGCUGGUGAACACUGUACAAUUGCAGAGAGAGUUGCCGACCCUUACGGAAUAUUAAUGAGAUGUGUUCUAAUGUAAAUUCAGUGUUUACGUAUUGAAUAACUGAACGAAAAGCUUUUGUUAACAUGUUUUGUCUCGUAAGAAAACAUUUGGUUCAGCCGUUUGGUUAUUCACAAUGUAAUUUCUUAUCUGAUUAAUAUUCCGUAAUGGUUGGCCUGUCUGCUAUUGGAUUGUACAUCAUUGUUGCUUGUACAUUUCAAAGAAUAUGUGGCAACUAUAAGUUGAUUAAUAAACAAUCUACAUCUA